AUGGCCGACUGCGACGGGGAUCUGUCGAAUGUUCAUCCGGAGCUGUUGAAGCUGUGCGCUAACCCGGAGGACUGGCGUGAGCAGCGGCGUCGCGCCAUGAAGACAAAGAUCUUCGGCACCGGCGAUCAGGCAGGUGCCUCGCCUGCAGCGGAGGCAUACCUGCCAACGGACAGGACUGUUGGCCCGUCGCCGUCAUCCGCACGGCAGCCCUCUGCUUCCUCUUAUUCAGGUCAACAAGGUCCAGUGCCCCAACAGGCGGCGGGGUCGUAUAUCCUUCAGCAGAUCCUGUCGCACAAACGUCGUCGCGAGGAGGCGAAUACCGAGAAUGCGAGCGCGCUUGCCAGCACACCUCAGCCGCAUCCUCAGCAGUCAAUGACUCAGCAGCAGCAGAACCCAACUGCUUCGCAGGGGGCGGACCUCUCCUUGAAGGAAAAACUCAUGCGCAAGUACGGGAAAGGCUGA